UACCUCAAUUUCCUUUUCUCAUUUUCACUUCGACAGCCCCUUUCUCUUCUUCUCAGUUCUCGACGUCGACAGCUUCUCCCACUUCCGACGUUUCUCUUGGCGCCGGCUCCUUCCGCCCCGCCGUCCAGCGCUUUCCAGCGACACCCUGCCGGUGGAGCCCCUCCUCUCCGACAGAGAACGACACCUCCGAUUGGACACAAUAUUCAGAGGGAACAGGGUGGGUGGGCCAUGGGAGAACCUGUGAAGGGAACAGUGACAUCCUUAUCUUCAAUAUACUCACCUGAGGAUGCCCAAAAAGCAUCAGUACGUGUCCAAGAACAAAUAUCUGAAUAUCAAAAACAGGUUCAACAGCUCCAAGGCUUCCUCAAUGACAACACAAACCUUGUCAAUCUUGUUAAGAAGCUCCCUGAUCAAUUGCACCAUGAUAUAAUGGUUCCUUUUGGGAAGGCAGCAUUCUUUCCUGGAAAAUUGAUACAUACUAAUGAAUUCCUGGUUCUAUUAGGAGAAGGUUACUAUGCUGAUAGAACAUCAAAACAAACAAUUGAGAUUCUGAAAAGAAGAGGAAAGGAUCUAGAGUCACAAAUUGAAAACCUUAAUGCUGUAAUAAAGGAUCUCAAGUAUGAGGCCUCCUUUUUUGAUGAAACAGCUACUGAGGCUGCAGAGGGUGUUGUAGAAAUAAGAGAAGACUAUGUUGAUGAAGUUUCUGAUGAAGAAGAAAAGGACACACCAACACCAGGUGAAGAUGAUUUUGCGCGUAUCUUAUCCCGGAUUGAUGAACUUGAAAAAGAAGAAAUGGAAUCAGAAAUGGCUGAGGAAGCUGAAGAUGAAGAUAAACCUGAUUUAAGUCACCUUUUAAGUCAUACACAUAUUGAACCUGAGGUUAUACAUUCAGAGCCAAAAGAGUCAUCAGCUCUUCCUGUAUCCAAAAAUUCAGAUUUAGAUUUAUCUUCAAAUAUAAAAGCUCCAACAUCCAGUGCAUCCAACAACACUCUUCCAAGAGCUGUAGAGCAAAAGAAAUUGGAGAGUUUGCCCAAUACACCUGUGUCCAAAAACGAGGUUUUGAGCACUAGAAAUGAUAGUAGCAAGGCAUUUACGGGUUCUAUUGUGGAGCACACUCAUAACACGGAGAAAAGUCAAACCGGUCAACCACCUGCUCCUGCAUCCAAACCAGUAUCCAGAUUCAAGAUGCGAAAAAAGUAGUCACAAAAAGGAUUUUGUUUAUUUUCAUGUGUAAGUUAAACUAAAAGAUUCUAUUUACUGCUAAUUCAUUUAAUGAUGUACAUUUUCUUUGUUAAGCAUUAGAUUAGAUGAAUUGAAUUGAUUAGUGCAAUGGAGUAUGUUUCUUUUUUACAAGUAAAGAUAGAUACAUGAUAAUCCUAAACUGUUUGUUCA